CCGACCUUGCAUUCUUGAACUUUCUCCUUCUCUCACGUGAAACUCGGAUUCGCUGAAGUAUCUGUUUACAGAACGGCGUCCCUCAAGCACCGAUUUUCCGGAUCAAGCCUAAUCUGACCCAUGUCACCUCGCAAGGCCCCCCAGUGCCGCACCUGCGGCUCGCCCAUGGCGGGGCACAAGCGACCACGCGGCAAGCCUGUCUGUCCUGAACGGGGCUCUACUCCAGUUGCCCCCGAACCUAUUCCUCAAAGAGGUGCCACUCCGAGACGCCACAGUCACACGCCCGAAGCCGACUUUCAGCUACCGCGGAACGGUCACUGGCGUAACCCUCACUGGGUCAGUCCUGUCCGAGAGAGAGAGGUCGAACGAAGCAUGCAUUCCUCGUGGGCGCCCACGGAGGUGGACGGCGAUUCGUCGUCGUCUUCGGACGAAGGCUCCCAAGUCGGGAACGAAGAGACGGUUCUCUAUGACCUGCAGGACGACGAUGACGUCCGUUCCGUCGCGGCCGCCAGUACGACUUCUUCGCGUUCUUCCGCGUCGACGUCUAGCGUCAGGAGCACCCUCUCCCAGCUGGUCACUCGCAGUGUGCCAAUGGCCAGCGUGUGGAGCACGCCGACACGAGACAUCCCCGCCAUCAGUCAUGCCGCGACCAAAGCUGGUGUCAGCUUCGCCGUCGUGCCCGCCCCCAAGGAGCGGCGCGAACGAUCGGUCAAGCCAGACGGCUCAAGCGACCACGGGGAUGCUCUGGAGCGCCAGAACUCCUGGUGGUUAGUCAUGGGCAGGGACGUGGAGGCCGUUACACGGAUGAUCGCUAACACCGGUGCAGCCGCACAGGGUCAGGAGGGCGCAGAGGAGGACCCAUGUCUCUCUGGCUUAGUGGGUGCCUACCCAAUUCAUCACGCUUAUCUUAGGCCGACCUUCCUGGACAUUCUAUUCGCGGGCGCAAUGGGCGGUUUGGUGGUGUUCUGCGGUUUGUCGAUGUUGUGACUUCAGGAGAUCUAUAUGCGGCGGAAGCGGAGGUCUAUGCCCUAUAUGCAAUUAUGUUCUAUGCACUCAUCUAUGCUGUCAAUCUAUGCUCUAUAUGUACAUCGUUUCUGGAUGGCAUGGCGGCC